UCUAGCUUUGUCGUCUACUUACGUGGUAUGAAAAGGCGAGAAACAGGCUUUGAGAAUUUUCGUACUUUGACUGAAAAAAGUGACUCAAGUUUUUUCUCCACGAAUCUUUUAGGGUAUUCACUCACCAGGCUCCAGAUUUUAGAAAAUCAAUCAUUGGAAAUGUCUAUCGAUCAGCAGAUAAUUGAACGACCAUCUUUCAUUGCUAUUCCGCCAUAAUUUUUUGAAGGAAGUGUGUGAUAGAUCAUCUGGAUCUUUCUACUACCUUCACGAAAAAAAAUGGGACUCAUCUCUGCUACACGUUGUGCCACCGGUGCAUUGUCGAUUUGGGGAAUGCGUCCGGGUAAUGCGGUACUACUGACCGUAAAAUCGAAUGCCAGCUCCCACGACGAAUUAUCCUCUCCGUCGUACUCGUACAGACAGGAUGUUGAUACACCAACGGUGCCUCUACUCGGCCAGGAAGCACUCGGGGACAUUCCUGCAGUUUCAGUGGAGGAGUCUUCAACUGCUGUUGGUUUGGACAUUGCAAGGGGAUUACCGCCUUGCAGUGUUGACCUGCCUUCCCAUGUGUGGGAUCUGAUAGCUCUUGGUGUGGGGAACCCGCGGCCGAAAGAGGAAAUCGAGGAAACGCUAGAAUUAGCCCAAAAGACGAAGAACUGGCGGCUCACAUUCAGAAUGACCACAGCAAAACUGGAAAAAACGGUGCGAAGACUGCAGCAGGUUAGAGAUUUCUUGAAACACUGUCUUGAUGAGGCCCGUCGUUGCUCGGACAAAGAAAAAACCAUUGAAUAUUUGGAACAUCUGUACGAAAAAGCAGCAGCCCCUACAUGGCUUCAAAAGGCCGCUAGUUAAGGCCAUCAAAAGGAUUUCGCUUUGUUUUAGCUUUUUUUCCAAUAUGAUCAAUAAUAUUUGUCAGAACUACCUACAAGUUACACUUAGAUUAUAGAAGAAGAUUCAUCAAGCUUGUUUUUCGAAAUUUUACGAAAAUAUAAUUGGACUUAUUACUAGCUAAGUAAGACAAUUCUUUUUUUGCCCAAGGUCUACCACAUUAUUAGCUAGACAAGGAGAGCAUAGGAGAAUUUCAGAACAUUCUAAUGCAUUUUAGACCUGGCGAAGAGAAGCAAGUUGAGCAGGGAAUUCGAGUGGAAACUCAAAGUUAAGUCUCUCUGUCAAAAAAAUUAUCAAAUCAAUGAAUAUCAUGGUUAGAUGAAGACACGACCUUCGAUGACCAAGGGUAACAACAUGUCAAAUAGGAAAGAAAAACGAGAAAAAUCCAAACCGUCUUGUCUUUUACUAGAAAGAUUCUCGAAGAAGAUUGAACAAGAUUCGGCGCUUCGUGUAUGAUAUUAUUGUUUACCACGGUUAUCACGUGGCUAAUGCGCCUUAGGACGAGGGCUCAAAAAUACACAGACGCUCGAUGUUGAUGGUGAACACAUCAUCAAAUUUAUAAUGAAAGUUCAAAGGUACUUAUAACAUAUUACUUCUUGAAGAAUUUCCUGAACUUGACGAAGUUCUUCUAAUCUAUACAUCGGUGCAACGUCCAAUGCCAAUGAACGUUCCACGCAGAAAUGUCUCCUUCUGCAAGCGGAAGGAGAUCUGACGGGAUUCGCUGUUAGCGUGGAGAACUUGCGCAUGGAGAUCGUCCUAAUUGAAAAGUGUCUUGCCUCAGAUAGUUAUGGCUAUCGAUCUACUCUGUUUUCUACUAGAUUUUCAUAACCAUGCGAUCCCCUCGGUGGGGUGAUGUUGAAGCUACUUAGUUUCAUAAAACAACACUUCACUUGAAUACGAAUAGCAGCUGUACUCAAAAUUAUUUCUGUCGUUCCAGUCGUCCAGCUCCAUUCAUCGAAGCGGCUCUAACAGAUAUGCGGAGGCCAUGAGCUCCGGAACUACGUGCUACCACUGACUGGCGAUGAUGCGGAGUCGGAACGCCAUUCUCUCGAGAAUGAUCCUGUCAGCGCCAAUAUGGUCGAUGUAGACCCGUGAUGAAUAAAGCAGCCGCAGCUUCUGUCUACCUAUAAUUCAGAAUGUGGAGGACGAAAUAGAGUCAAUCGUAUCCUCUCGCGAACGUCAAGCAGAUGGGAUAGGUCGAUGAGCGCCGCCAACGAGGUAUAGCGCCGAGGCUGUGUUUUUGAAAUGAAUGGUGUGCAAUUUAACUGGAUUGUUCGUCUUAGUGCCUUGCAUUGUUGUAAGGAAAGCCCUUCCUUCACUCUUCCAGAAGGCAAAUUGUUGCCAUCCUAACAGUCCCACCACAGCUGGAGUGCCGAAGACAUUGGAUUUGGAACCAGAUCCGCGUUUCCCCCAUUUUACGAGUAUUUUGUCAUGUGAUAAUUUGUAUUUGAUUCAAGGUAUUAUUGACAAAAUAUUCUAAUACAGUUAUAUGACAAUUUAUUCCUCGUUGGCUUACAAGUUCUACUUUUUUGUGGAAUCUUGUCACAUCGAUUCAUCCUGCCGGUAGGUGCAGCAAACCUAUUUAGGAUGCA